AUGGAGGAACAACCUGAACGGAUCAGAGAUGAUGCCUUCUACUGGAAGAAGCGCUUUGUGGUCGAUAGGAUGCUGAAGUUUGCGGUGUUGCUUGUACUCCUAGUUUGGGGUAGCGUCUUGCUGCUGAAGAUGGUGACGCCUUUGAAAGAGGAUCACAAGAGACACCAGUUGCCAUCCAAUACCACUGUGGAUGGUAAGCUGCUAAUCAAUUUUGACAAUAUCAGAAACGGUACAUUCAAGCCAACUAGACAUAAUUUACAAUGGAUCAAGAGCACGAAGAAGGGCUCUGACGAUGACAUGGGUCUGUAUGCCACAAAGAUUGAUGAUAAGUUUGUGAUUAAAUCUGUGCUAGAUGAAGAUUACGAGGAUGUACUUCUGAAAGAGAAGACUUUCGAGUACGAUGGUAAAAAUUACACUGCAGAUGACAUCAUAGCUUCUCCAGAUCUAUCCAAGUUGCUCGUUAGAUCCAGCACUGUUAAGAAUUGGAGACACUCAAAUUUCGGCACAUACUUCCUAUAUGACGCUAAGAAGGCUGAGUUUGAUCAAUUGGCCGAAAAUGUUGCAUUGGCUGUCUGGUCGCCAAACUCAGUGGAUGUUGCCUAUGUACAAAAUAAUGACAUUUACGUUUAUUCAACGAAGACAGACGAAACCAUCAUUGUCACUGAUGAUGGCAAUGAAAAUGUCUUCAACGGUAUCCCAGACUGGGUUUAUGAAGAAGAAGUGUUCAGUAACGACAGAGCGCUAUGGUGGUCACCUAAUGGUGACUACCUGGCCUUUUUGAAGACAGAUGAAACUAAUGUUGGAGAAUUUUCCAUUCCAUACUAUGCUCAGAAGGAAGAUGAUGUGUACCCAGAGGUUAAAACUAUCAAAUACCCAAAAAGUGGUACUCCAAAUCCAGUGGUUGACUUAUGGGUUCACAGAUUUAACGAUGACUCUACUUACCCAUUGAAUAUAAGCAGCCACCAUGAGUCUGAUUCUACUCUAAUAACCGAAGUGACAUGGAUAAGUGAGUCCUCUCUUGUCACCAAAUUCUCCGAUAGAUCAUCUGACGUCAGAUUAGUUCUACAUUUCAACGCCGAUACCAAACAUGCAAAGGUUGCUAGAAAAGAGCCUGCUGACGACGGCUGGUGGGAGAUAACUCAUAACACCUUGCGAAUUGCCAAGGAUGAAAAUAUGGGUAUCAUUGAAGAUGGUUAUGUCGAUGUUGCAAACAUUGAUGGUUACAAUCACCUAGUAUAUUUCAGUCCAGCUGACUCAAAAUACCCUCAAGUUCUAACCUCUGGUGAAUGGGAGGUUAUCGAUGGUACACUAGCAUUCAACUCAAAAACAGGGAACCUCUUUUUCAUUGGUACUAGAGAAGGAAAGAGUACAGAGAGGCAUCUUCUGUAUGUGAACAUCAACAAACCAAAAGAAGUUCAUCAAGUCACUGACGAUUCAAAGAGGGGUGUAUACACUGCCUCUUUCUCCAGUAAGACCAGAUUUGCAUUAUUGUCAUAUGACGGUCCUGAUGUUCCAUAUCAAAAGAUUAUUGAGCUUGACACCGAUAAGAGGGAUGAGCAUAUUCACGGGAACUCUAUUGGUAAGACUCUUUACUAUCUGGAGGAAAACAAGAAGAUAAGAGAUAACCUUAAAGAUUAUGCAAGACCUCGCAAGACGUACCAAGAGCUAAAUCUUGGUAAAGAUAAAGAUGGCAAUAACAUUAUUGUGAACUCGUAUGAGAUCCUCCCAGUUAACUUCGACAGCAAGCUGAAGAAUGAAUAUCCAGUGUUCUUCUUCGCAUAUGGUGGACCUAAUUCACAACAAUGCAUCGAAAGAUUCAGCAUCGGAUUAGAUGAAGUGAUUGCCACAGAAUUAAAUGCUAUCGUAGUUGUGGUUGAUGGCCGCGGUACAGGCUUAAAAGGUAGACCAUUCAGAGCUGUUGUACGUGACAACUUAGGUAACUACGAAGCCGAAGAUCAAAUCAGAGCUGCCAAGCUUUAUAAGUCAAAACCAUUUGUCAACUCCGAUAAGAUAUCUCUAUGGGGUUGGUCAUAUGGUGGUUACCUGACUUUGAAGACCUUGGAGAAAGACGCUGGUGAGAACUUCAAGUUCGGUAUUUCGGUUGCACCAGUAACUGAUUGGAAAUUAUACGAUAGUGUGUACAUCGAGAGAUAUAUGCAUACUCCACAGGAAAAUCCUGAAGGUUAUGAGAAAUCGAAAGUCAGCGAUGUAGAAGCUUUAGGUAAAGCUAGAAGGUUCUUAAUCAUGCAUGGAACAGGUGACGACAACGUACAUUUCCAACAUACCUUGAAACUGCUGGACAGAUUAAACUUGAAAGCAAUUGAGAACUAUGAUGUGCAUGUCUUUCCAGACUCAGACCACGCCAUCAAAUACCACAAUGCUAACGAUAUGAUCUACAACAGAAUCGUUUCAUGGACCAGAAAGGCUUUCAACGGGGAAUUUGACCCUAAAUAA